AUGGUCAAUAAAUCAUUCGGAACCGUGGGUGCUAUCGAUCAACUGCAAUCCCUCCAGGAUAAGUACCGUCAAAAUGGAAAAUACGACUUCAUAAGUCCGAUGUUGGCCAAAUCGCACCCGAGUUUUGGACGAUUUGCUCAACAUCCCAGUCGACCAUCAGAAGUUCGAUCUCCACUGGUUCACUUGUAUGGGAGCCAUUGGAUACGUGAAUGA